CAGAAGGAGCCGUCAGCUGUGGAGGUUAUCGGCUCUCUUUACCGUCCUGGUUCAAAAUAAAGACCCGAGAAAAAAAAAAGCAAGGGAUCCUCGGCAACCGGACGGGAGAUGGAUAACAGUAAACGGACUGUGGUCGUUACAGGUUUUGGGCCAUUUGGAGAGCACACGGUGAACGCCAGCUGGGUAGCAGUACAGGAACUGAAGAAGCUCGGACUGGGCAGUGAGGUGGAUUUGCAUGUAUCCGAGGUUCCUGUAGAGUACCAGACAGUCCAGAGUUUGGUUCCUUCACUGUGGAAACAGUAUCAUCCACUGUUGGUAGUUCAUGUUGGAGUCUCAGGUAUGGCCACCACUGUCACACUGGAGAAGUGUGGCAGGAAUCAUGGCUACAAGGGCCUGGACAACAGCAGCUUCUGUCCUGAUUCACAGUGUUGCAUUGUGGGAGGCCCGGACUGUAUCAACUCAGUUAUUGACAUGGAAUCAGUCUGCAAGAGAGUGACUACCUCGGGGCUGGGAGUAGCUGUGUCCGUCUCCAAAGACGCCGGAAGGUAUCUCUGUGAUUUCACCUACUACACGUCUCUGUACCUGAGCCACGGUCGCUCUGCCUUCAUUCAUGUGCCUCCUCUCGGAAAGCCUUACAGCGGGGAAGACCUGGGCCGUGCGCUGCAGGCCAUCAUCCGGGAGAUGCUGGAGCUUCUGGACCAGGCCGAGGAGAAGAUCCACUGCCAGCAGCACUUCCACUAAGUGACCGCCAGAUGCCAACCAGCCUCUCCAGCCUUCACCACUCAAGAAAUUGCACUUAACCACAAGUAGCCAAACUUCCUUUUUUCAGCAUUUGUUUUAGGUUUUUGCUUAAUGUUUUGCCUGAUUCUGUUCUGUUUUUAUGUCUUCUGAUGGAGAGAAGAUAAAAUGGGGGUCUCAAGACAACCCUCAGUUACGCUGUAAUGGAAGCUUUUGUCCCACUUCUAUGGAAACAAAUGUGAAAAAACUUAGGUUCACUAAGAAAACACAGAAGAAAAGUGCUGCUCAUAUUUGUUAAUAUGCAGAGGGUCUGCCAUAUGACAGAUAUUACAACCUAUAACCCCAAAUGUGACUUAGGGUUAUUGAAAUGAUUAUAGAAGUCACAUUUGGAUAAACUGUAAAAUGUACUCUACAGUUUUUGACUUUCAUAAUGCUUCAUCUUCAAAUUUAGAGUUUCACUCACUCAUAAUAUGUUUCAUUCAACAGGUGUUUGCACCUGAAUGUCUAUAAAUGAUUAAUGUACAUGAUACAUUAUGGUUUUAAGUAGGAAUGUUUAGCAGUAAACUGUGUUUGCUAAUAUCAGUUUCCUUUUAACUACCUUCUAACUGUGCUGUUCCACACUCGAUGUUGAAUUGUUUCUUGAUUCUUUUUUCUUUAUAAGAAGUUGUAAAUUUGCCUUCUUUUACAAAGGUUAUUUAAAUCAGGGAACGGGUUGGUUCCAGCUCAUAUUCCCCCAGUUUUUCGGCCCAAUUCUGACAGAAAACCCCUAAAUCCACCCCACUGAGAUCUGACCCCAGGCUGUGCAAUGUUAUUUUACAGAUCUCAAGUUCAGUGAUUUAGUUUUAGGUUUUUCAGAAUUCUGUUUUCUCUUUACAACUUUUCAGAUAGUAUUAAACAAGAGUUUCCUGUUAUAAGUCUAAAUUGUACAACCAUAAAUAUUCUUUUUAAAUAACCAACACAUCUUUUCACUCUUGUUCACUUAAUGAGUUUCUUACUGAAUUGUGUGUCAAGGAUCUGACUGCAGAUCCUUUUUACUGAUUUGAGACAUCCAUGUGUAAAGUUGUCUGUUUCAGCAUAAUUUUACCAACACGCACAACUUUUUUAUCUUAAACUGUGAAGAAAACCUGCAAUUUGUUUCGUUUUUGUUUUUUUACAUUUUGCAACAUUUCAAGACCAAAGUUUUUCUUUUUUCCUACAAUUGUGCAUCCGUAAUUAUUCAUUCUUGAUUAAGGCUUUCGGUUGUUCCAUUCAUCAAAUCAGAUAGACACUCAGUUCAGUCAGAGUUGGGCCCAUAAUUUUAUUUCUGUAGCACUUUCUUUUUUGGUUUGUCCAUUUUUACUUAAUCUGGAAUAUUUUUGUUUUCAGUCACUUUAACUUGCUAUAGCUUUUCAGACAUACACACAUGCAUUUGUAACAUUUUAUCCCCCAGUAAUAAUAAUUAAAUAUGUGAGGUAAGCUUUAUUUUCCUGAGCUUUUGUUUGUUCUGACAUUUUAAACAAACUGCAGCAGCUUCAGUCACUGUGUUUGUGAUGGUGCCACUCCCAGAUGAAAAUGUUCUGUGUUCUGUCUUUUUUUAAAAAAAAAAAUUCUUAUUGGAUUGUUUUCUAUUUCACUGUGUGGGCCAGUGUUUUCCUGCCUGCUGAGAUAUCAUAACAGCCCAUGCCUCCUCUUACAUCUUCAGUUUGAUCAGUUUUUUUAAAUAGAGAUUUUAGCUUUGAAUGGUCUACAUUUACGCAUCCCCAAAAAAACUAUUUGUCUGUGGGAAACAUGGAUAUAGUUGUUAACUGUCACAGCUAGUGUUAGGAAACUAACUGAACAAUGUGCUUAGCGUUGCAACAGUAGAGGUCUCAUGGCCUUUCCUUGAGUUCUUAGUAAAUGUUUUUUAACCUGAGUCAAGCAAGUUGGUGCCAGAGAGUUUGAGUAAAUUGUCAUUAUUUUUAGCAGUGUGUGUGACUAAUUGAUAUUUCAUGUCAUGGUUUGUACCCCAAAGUAGCAUCCUGGAGCACUGAGCUGAACAGAAGUGAACCUAAAUUUUAUCGUAGCAUUUGUCAUUCAGAUUACAUCUGGGUUAUGUGGUUGUAAAAUCUCUUAUGGAAUUGUUGAAAUGAUGGGCAAAUUUUAAUUAGCUUUCAGGUGAUGAUAUUUUACUUUGUGUCUUUGUGAAUGCUAAAAAGUGAAAGGGUUGUUGAGGAGCUGCCCCUAAAAAUGUCUGCUCACAAAAGUGAAAGCCUCAAGUUUACAUAUGAGGUGACCUCUGAACCUGACUCUUUCCUGUGCCUUGCUGUUGUUUUGUGUUAUGAAAAGGCCUUAAAAAAAACUCAGCGGGUCAGUACAAAGAUAUAUUACUGAUGCUGUCCAGUCAGUCAGAUGUGUGGCUACCUCAAAAAUACUUUUGUAUCUCACUGUGUGCUCUGUUGUACAAUAACAUUAUGGCUCUGUGAUUUAUUGUGAGUUUCUCUGUUUAGGGAGAAUCCUCGGACAGGUGUCUUCUGCUUCUGACAUUAACAAAGCACUGUUACAAUAAGUAAUCUUGGCUUUGUAAAAGGAAAGGCUUUUUAAAAAAGAGAAUUAAAGAAUUACAAGGAC